CACCCCUCUUCGUCCCAUACACCGCCGUUCCCCGAAUACCGCAACGCAAACACACGUUCCCAGGUUGCCAUCAACCGCAGCAAUCUUUACUUGUUGCGGCUUUCAUUCAUCUUCCAUAAUGGCAUCUCCCCUUUCUACUGUGGAGUGGCCGGCUAGCUUGGUCCGAAAAACCUUCAUUGAUUACUUCAAAAAUAAUGGCCAUACAUUCGUGCCAUCGUCUUCGGUAGUGCCCCUCUCAGAUCCGACCCUGCUAUUUGCGAAUGCUGGCAUGAACCAAUAUAAGUCAAUUUUUCUCGGGACUGUGGAUCCCUCAUCAGACUUCGCCAGUUUAAAACGGGCUGCGAACUCACAGAAGUGCAUACGAGCUGGGGGUAAGCACAAUGACCUUGACGACGUCGGAAAAGAUAGCUACCAUCAUACAUUUUUCGAGAUGCUUGGAAAUUGGAGUUUCGGUGACUACUUCAAAAAGGAAGCGGUUGAAUACUCAUGGGAACUAUUGACGGAAAUCUACGGGCUUGACCCUGAUAGAUUAUAUGUUACGUAUUUUGAGGGUAAUAAAGAACGUGGACUGGAACCGGAUCUGGAGACUCAAGAACUCUGGAGAGCCGUCGGCGUCGCUGACAACCACAUCCUCCCUGGGAAUAUGAAGGACAACUUCUGGGAGAUGGGUGAUCAGGGCCCAUGUGGACCCUGUAGCGAAGUUCACUAUGACCAUAUUGGUGGUCGCAAUGCCUCUCACUUGGUAAACAUGGACGAUCCCAAUGUCAUUGAGAUUUGGAACAAUGUUUUCAUCCAGUACAAUCGCGAACCGGAUCAUUCGCUCCGUUCUCUACCUAAUAAACAUGUUGAUACCGGGAUGGGUUUUGAGCGCUUGGUAUCAGUGCUACAAGAUAAAUCUUCCAACUACGAUACAGAUGUUUUCUCUCCCCUAUUCCAAAAAAUCCAAGAGAUCACAAAAGCACGGCCUUAUGGGGGGAAGUUUGGUGCCGAAGAUGUUGACGGAAUCGACACUGCAUAUCGUGUCAUAGCAGAUCAUGUUAGGACCCUAACUUUUGCUAUCGCCGAUGGUGGCGUGCCAAACAAUGAAGGUCGUGGUUAUGUGGUAAGGCGGGUUCUGCGCCGGGGAGCGAGAUAUGCUCGCCGUUAUUUCCAGGCGCCAAUUGGCGAGUUUUUCUCUAAAAUCGUUCCAACUCUGGUCCUUCAACUGGGUGAUGUCUUCCCAGAAAUAAAAAAGAAAGAGAGUGAUGUCAAGGAGAUUUUAAACGAGGAGGAAGAGUCGUUUUCUCGGACCCUUGAUAGGGGAGAGAGGAUGUUUGACGUUUUCUCGAAAAGAGCGACGGAACAUAAUUCAAAGGUUCUCAAGGGCAGUGAUGUCUGGCGUCUCUAUGAUACCUUCGGGUUCCCAGUCGACCUCACCCGAAUCAUGGCUGAGGAAAAUGGUCUUGAGAUCAAUGAGGAAGAAUUUGAGAGAGCGAAGGCUGAGAGCAAGGAAGCCAGUAAGGCUAGGAAGAGUUCCGGAGAUGUUGAAUUGCUGAAGCUCGGCGUUCAUGAUCUUGGAAGGCUAGAACAAAUGGCAGAGGUGCCCAAGACUGAUGAUGUCUACAAAUUUGGAAGGGGAAAUAUUACCGGUCAUAUAAUGGCCAUCUAUUGUGACAAGUCUUUUCGCUCUAGCACCGCGAACAUCUCCCGUUAUACUCAGCUUGGCCUUAUUCUUGACAAGACAAAUUUCUAUGCCGAACAAGGGGGUCAGGAAUACGACACCGGAAAGAUACUCAUAGACGGCGAGGCCGAAUUGGAUGUUCAAAAUGUGCAGGUAUAUGGCGGAUAUGUUCUACACACAGGAUACAUAAAAUAUGGCACCCUCUCUGUCGGAGAUGACGUUAUAUGUGAAUAUGACGAGCUUCGCAGAUGGCCUAUACGCAACAAUCAUACAGGAACUCAUGUGCUUAAUUAUGCUCUUAGAGAGGUUCUUGGAGACGGGAUUGAGCAAAAGGGGUCCCUGGUUGCAGCGGAGAAACUUCGCUUUGAUUUUUCCCACAAAUGCGGGGUGACUGACGCAGAGCUGGAGAUGAUUGAGAAGAUCUCUACUGAAUAUAUUCGGCAAAAUCUGGAAGUUUAUUCCGAAGACGUGCCGUUGUCAAUUGCAAGGGAAAUUGAAGGUGUUCGUGCGGUAUUUGGCGAAACAUAUCCGGAUCCGGUCCGUGUUGUCUCCGUCGGCGUCCCUAUCGAGGAGUUGACAAGAGACGUCAAGAAUAAGCAGUGGAGGAAAGUUAGCAUCGAGUUCUGCGGUGGUACUCACGUUCAGAAAACCGAUGACAUUAAGGAUCUGAUUAUCCUCGAGGAAAAUGGAAUUGCGAAGGGGAUUCGGCGUAUUGUCGCAGUUACCGGCAAUGAUGCUGGUAAAGUCCAAAAAAUAGCUUCACAAUUUGAGGAGCGGAUCAAUGCUUUAGGCAAGCUUCCUGCAGGCCCGCGCAAGGAAGCUGAAAUCAAAUCAGUCCAAGCCGACCUCAAUAGUCUCGUUAUUUCCGCUGUCAAGAAGGUUCAGCUAAAAGACAAGUUUGGCAAAAUUCAUAAACAACUGCUCGACGACCAGAAGGCUAAACAGAAGGCAGAGCUUAAGAAGGCUGUCGAGAUAGUAACCGAGCACUUCAAACAGAACCCAGACUCGCCGUAUUUUGUUUCCAAACUCCCAAUAUCUGCGAACUCCAAAGCUCUCAGUGACGCUAUCAAGCACGUUCAGACGAAGGCCAAGGAUAAGACAGUCUACCUCUUUGCUACCGAUGACGAUGCUGAGGGCAAGGUCAUUCAUGGCUGUUAUGUCGCAGAGAAUGUUGGAAAACAGCUCAGCGCCAAAGACUUGGCUGAUUCGAUUAGUCAAAUUGUUGGUGGAAAAGCUGGUGGGAAAGGUGCCACUAGUCAAGGCAUUGGCAACAAAGUCGACAAAGUCGGCGAAGCAGUUGAUGCGGCUGCAAAGGCGCUCCAACAACUGAACCUGUAGUUUCAUUUUUUUCUCUCUUCUCCCCUCCUUUCGAUCCAACUAUUUUCUUGAUUCGAUUUUUUUUGUAGGCGCUAUUUUCGGCGCUAGGGAAUUUGCUUGGCUGGAAUAGAAUUGCGUAUUGUUUGAAAGUUGGUGGAAAACGAAGAUGGCGGGGAAGGGGGCAGAGUACCAAGCGAUGUUGUGAUUGUUGACAUGUCAAUCUCUAGAGAUAAUUGAUUUUGAUUUUGAUUUUCAAA